AUGGCUCACUCCUCACCACCAAAUAUAUCUCUUCUCAGUAGGGACCAAUUUGACGCUCACGAUGAAGGACAUUCAAGCGCAAGUGAUUCAGAGUAUCAGCAUGCACUAGAGGUAGUCUUUGAUGCUCAAAAUGCGCAUCGUAGGAAAUCAUCCCUCGUAACAGCCGAUACACCUCUUGCGACCUUCCAGCGAAGAAAAAACACAGAAUGCUAUGUGCACGCACUGCUGGAGAGCCAGCGUAAAGCUGGUAGAGCAUCGAGUAGUGGAUUGGAAGGUAUAGCAGAGACUUUGGCUCCCUGCAGGGUUGCAAGUGAUUCGGAUGGAAUUCGUGAAGGGGAGGACAAAUCACUAGACCCGAAAAUACACAACCACGUCACAGAAGAGGAAGAUUGCGGGCAGGUUGAUGAGACUUCUUGGAGAGAUACUAUCAAAGCGAAAGAUGCGGCACAAGUGGUUGAAGAUGAUGCAAGUGGGAAGGUGGAAUUCCAAACUGAUGGUAUCGAUGCGGGCGCGACACAUAGUCGUCUUCUUACAAAGAAACAACUUUCCGAUAUGGCAUGGGGAGUCAGGGAAUUGAGCAAGAGGUUGGGGAGUAUUAGAUUGAAGUUGAAGGUCAGGACGGUUUUUAUUCUUACAAAGGCGCAUGAUGAGAGCUUGAUUGCGAAUACAAGAGAGGUUACUAGAUGGCUUUUGAGCCUAGAAAGACAGGUUAGAUACACGGUUUAUGUCGAGGAAAAUCUGCGGGAUAGUAAGAAAUUCGAUGCGAAGGGACUACUGGAUGAGUUGGAGAAGGCUGGGGAGGGACAGGUUAAUGGAGAUAAGCAUAAGAGGUUGAGAUACUGGUCAUCAAAUAUGUGCAGGACAAGGCCGCAUACGUUUGAUUUCAUCGUUACUCUAGGGGGUGAUGGUACAGUUCUUUAUGCAAGCUGGCUGUUCCAAAGAAUAGUACCUCCGGUUCUAAGUUUUGCGCUGGGAAGUCUAGGGUUUCUUACCAAGUUCGAUUUUGGAGAUUUCGAGAAACAGUUAACGACUGCAUUCAGAGAUGGAGUUACUAUUAGUCUCAGGCUGAGAUUUGAGGGUACAGUAAUGAGGAGCCAGUCGAGAAGAACUAAGGCUGUUGAAAAUGGCGAGAAUGGUGAUGAAAAUUCAGCCCCCAUAAGAGAUCUAGUGGAGGAGUUGGUAGGUGAGGAAAUGGGUGAAGAGAGAACUCAUCGACCAGACGGCACAUAUGAGAUUCUCAAUGAUAUUGUGGUUGAUCGAGGACCAAACCCCACAAUGUCUUCAAUCGAGAUCUUCGGCGACGAUGAGCACUUCACCUCUGUCCAAGCUGAUGGCGUAUGUGUCGCCACACCUACUGGUUCCACAGCCUACAAUCUCGCCGCAGGUGGCUCUCUUUGCCACCCCGAAAAUCCCGUCAUCCUCGUGUCAGCUAUCUGCGCACACACUCUUUCCUUCCGUCCCAUUAUCCUUCCAGACACUAUUGUACUCCGUCUCGGCGUUCCGUACGAUGCGAGAACGAGCAGUUGGGCGAGCUUUGAUGGGAGAGAGAGGGUGGAAUUGGCUCCUGGGGAUUAUGUGACGAUUAGUGCCAGUCGCUAUCCAUUUGCUAAUGUGAUGCCCCAGGGGAGGAGGAGUGAGGAUUGGGUUAAUAGUAUUAGUGGGAAGUUGGGCUGGAAUACGAGACAGAGACAGAAGGGGUAUAAGGAGUGGUCUUCAUGA